CAAGCAGCAAAAACAAAGUGAGGUUGAGAGAUAUUCACUGAGAAAAAAAACUGAGAGCAGAAAAAAAAAAAAAAAAAAAGAGUGUUUCUGAGUGUUUUGGUUUUCUUUCUCAUCUUCUUCUUACUCCCCCCCUCUGAAUCACCCCGCUUCUCUGAAUCCCUUUCUGUUAAUCAUCUGUCUUUCAAGUUUUGAUUUUUGGGUUUGUUUUGGGAAUGCAAAAAAAGCAAACUUAGAAGGAUUUUCGAAAGCCAGGUGUUUUCAGAAUCGAGAUCCAGGUUUUUAAUUAUUAAAAAAAAAAAAAAAAAAAAACUUUUCUCUUUAAUUUCUAGUAAAUUUUAGGUGGGUUUUUAGUUUUUCUAAUUUUUAUUUUUUUUAUUUUUCUUUGAAUCAGCUUGGAGGGUUAAUUUUUGGUUCCCUCAAGGUUGGUUUUUUAGGCUUCUUAAAAAAGGUUUACAAGAGGUUGUCUAUUUUAAACCUCUUUGAUCUUUCUUUGUAGAAAAAGGUUCUAUUUUGAUUUUGAUUUUGAUUUUCUGGUUUGUGUUUGAAACCAAUACCUGUUCUUUAAUUUUGAUAAGAACCAGGUUGGUGUUAUUUUCUUCUUUGUUUUGUCUAAUUAAAUAUUCCUGAGUGUUUUGAAGGCAUGGCAGCUACAAUGGAUUACUACAGUAGCAGAGCUCUUCAGUCAUCAGUACCCUUCGGGGGUGAGCUAAUGGAAGCACUUGAACCUUUUAUGAAAAGUACUUCCUCAACACCCACAACAAGCUCUCCCUCUGAAACCCAGUCUCCAUUUCUUACUUCUUCUUCUUCUUCUUCCUCACCACCUCCUCUCUCUUCUCCUCCUUACAACUAUCUUUCUUUCUCUCCCUCAGUCCCAACCCAAACUCAGCCCUCUUCUUCAUACCCAGAUGGUUGCUCCACCUCGAUGACCCACAUGUUUUCAGACGGGUUCUCGACUCAAAACCUUAUAGGUUUCGAGCAACCGGGUUCAAUUGGGCUAAACCACCUAACCCCAUCUCAGAUCCACCAGAUCCAAACCCAGAUCCACCUCCAAAGCCAACACUUUUACCCACAAAAUCAACAGCCACAGCAUGGUUCUUGUUCUUCAAAUACCCUCAGUUUUUUGAGUCCCAAACCUAUCCCAAUGAAGCAAGUGGGUUCCCCUCCAAAACCAACGAAGCUUUACAGAGGGGUCAGGCAGCGACAUUGGGGCAAAUGGGUCGCUGAGAUUCGGCUACCAAAGAACCGAACUCGGCUCUGGCUCGGUACCUUCGACACAGCCGAAGAAGCAGCUUUGGCUUACGACAAAGCAGCUUACAAGCUACGUGGAGACUUUGCCAGGCUCAACUUCCCAAACCUUCGUCACCAUGGCUCUUGCGUAGGCGGCGAUUUCGGUGAGUACCAGCCUCUCCAUUCCUCGGUGGACGCUAAGCUCCAAGCCAUUUGUGAAAGCUUGGCUAACGCGCCGCCGAAGACAGAGAAGCAGAGUAAGAAGUCGAAGAAAGCCGAAGCCGAAGCCGAGCUGAAGAAGAAGAAGAAACAAGAGGAGGAGGAGGAGGAGGAAGUGGUGGUGGAGUCCAAGGUUUCGGAGAAUUGUUGUAAGGUGGAGAUUACAUCCACGUCAUCGGUUAUAACCGAGAGUGACGGGUCGGUCGGGUCUUCACCUUUUUCGGAUCUCACGUUCCCGGAUUCCAAUGAGCCAGAGUGGGAAAUUGGUUCGGAUAAUUUCAUGUUGGAGAAAUACCCAUCUGAGAUUGAUUGGGCUGCUAUUCUAUCUUAAAAUUUUCCUAUGUCAUAUGUUUAUUAUGUGUAAUCUGUCUAAUUGUAAUUUUUUUUUAUUUUUGUAUUUUUGGGUUUUGGUGGGUUUAGUCUCUACAUGUGUCUAUGUUAGUGAGGUUUAGGUGUAGCUACUGCAAUGGAAUUUUUGGCAAUUGCAGGGCUACUCUUUAGGAUUUGGGGUUAGUUAAUUUGAGGGUACAAAAGCAAAAUUUAUGUUAAUAUGAUGUAAUUCUCUACCAUGGCUAGCUGGUUUUUUUUCUUUGCUAGACCAGAAGAGAGUGACUUUCAUUA